AGCACACCAUCACAAUCACCACAGCCUCCUCUUCAAUCCCAACCCAAAAAAAGAAAGAAAAAUGGUUAACCCAAGAGUCUUCUUCGACAUGACAAUCGGCGGCGCCCCCUCAGGCCGCAUCGUGAUGGAGCUUUUCGCCGACACGACACCCGCCACCGCCGAGAAUUUCCGUGCCCUCUGCACGGGCGAGAAAGGAGUCGGAAAGAAGGGGAAGCCACUCCACUUCAAGGGAUCAGGCUUCCACCGCGUGAUCCCCGGAUUCAUGUGCCAAGGAGGAGAUUUCACCGCCGGGAACGGAACCGGUGGAGAGUCGAUCUACGGAGAUAAGUUCAAGGACGAGAACUUUGUGAAGAAGCACACUGGGCCUGGGAUUUUAUCCAUGGCGAACUCUGGGCCCAACACUAAUGGGUCUCAGUUUUUCAUUUGUACCGCUGAGACCUCGUGGCUUAAUGGGAAGCACGUUGUGUUUGGUCAGAUUGUUGAAGGUAUGGAUGUUGUGAAGGCGAUUGAGAAAGUUGGCUCUUCUUCCGGGACGACUAAGAAGCCUGUGGUUGUCGCUGAUUGUGGUCAGAUUGCUUAAAUCUGAGUGAUGGAUGGGCUUUGGAAUCUGAUGAAUGUGUUAUCUGUUGCUUUUCGAAUGUUUUUUCUGAUCUUUCGAGCUUGUAAAAACCCUCUUGAGGGUUUUGAAUUUGACUUGUCUUUGAAUAAUUAUGAAUAACUAUGAGCUUUUUAAUAUUAUUACUA